AUGAUAAACGCAAAGCAAUUAUUAAAGAGAUCGAAUAGAACAUUAAGGAAAAAUGAAACAGUGAACGACGCUCUUGCUACAUUAACACAUCUUCACAUGAAUGACUUGAAAAUAACUGAUAUGCCCGAUAUGAGUUUGUAUUUUUCCGCUGUAUGCUUAUAUGCAUAUGACAAUCAGAUCACAAGUCUUAAAGGAAUCGAGUGCCUGGCAAAAUUAGAAGAACUUCAAGCACAAAAUAAUAAAAUUACAGAAAUACCACCUUUAGGCCCAUUCCAACUCAUGAAAGCUGAUUUACGCAACAAUGAAAUAUCAGAAAUCAAAGGAUUUGAUAAUCAACACUUUAUUUAUGAAUUAUAUUUGUCACGCCAACGUGUUCCUGAAGUAGUUUUAACACAGAACUGCUUUAUAUCACUUGCCGAAUCAUUAGAAGUACUUGAAAUGGCAGAAUGUGGAAUUUCCAAUUUAGAAGAAUUUUACUGUCUUUAUCACUUACGAAUCUUGAAUUUAUCAGGAAAUAAGAUCGAUUCUCUCGAUAAACUUCAAGAAUUACUCGCUCGUCUUCCAGAACUAGAAAAACUCGAUUUGACAGGAAAUCCUGUUUGUUCAGAGGUCAAAUACCGCGAAAAAGUCAUUGUCAUGGGUAGAUUUACCGAACUGGAUGGAAAGGACAUCCCAGAAACUCAGAGAGAAACACUUAUCCGAAUGGCCUCAAGAAAAAUCGCAAAACCAAAGGCACCAAAGAAAGAAUUACCUCCUUCAAAUUUUGUUGUUCAUCAUUAUUAA